AUGAUUGUCAGGCAUGCGGCAAAACCAGAUGCGCCGUGCUCAGGGAUUUUACUGAAAGAGCACAGAGGCGCCCAAUCCUGUUUUCCUUAUUUUUUAUAAUAAACAGGCGCCGCAUCCUUCUUGAGGGAGGCUGAAACGCGCAGUUCCCUCCUUUUUUAGCUAUAAAAAUAAAUGUUUUCCCCGACCCAUCAUGGCCCGGACCAAACAAUCUGCAAGGAAGACGCCAGGCAUCACCGGGGGUAAGGCCCCGAGGAAGCAGCUCGUCACCAAGUCGGCAAGGAAGACUGCGACCGAGACACCGGCAAGCGGGGCUGCCAAGAAGCACCGCUACAGGCCGGGGACUGUUGCGCUCCGCGAGAUCCGCAGGUACCAGAAGAGCACCGAGCGCCUCAUCAGAAAGCUUCCGUUCCAGCGCCUCUGCAGGUCCAUAUGCCGCGAGGGGGUGAAUGCCGCAGACAUCAGGUUCCAGGGCCCGGCCCUCGUUGCCCUUCAGGAGGCUACUGAGCUGUACUUGGUCGGUCUGUUCGAGGACGCGCUGCUCUGUGCACAGCCAUGCCAAGCGCGUGACUGUCUUCGGCAAGGAUUCCUAUUGGUCUCCAGAAUCCGCUCUAGAUUUAUGAGAGUUUACAGCGCCACAGAGAAAUAAAUAAUAUGUUCUGCAUGUC